CAAGGGAGCGGUCCGACGAAAGUUGCGGACCCAGGCGGGAAAGGUGACGCCAUGGCCACACUCACCAUGAGCACCCCGCGCAGCGCGCGGCAGAACCCCACCGCACCGUUCCUGCCCGGCUAUGUCCCUCACGAGCUGCGCACGAACCAUGCAAAGACGCAGAUGCUGGCCUAUGGGCCGGGUGGGUCCAUUGACAAGCCCCUCACCUCCGCAGGGAAGCUGCUGCUCCCGAAGCUGGACCUGUCGGUGCUACAAAACCUGAACGACCCCUUCCACCGCUACGACCUCACCAACCGCUCAGUGACCCAUGACGAGCGCAGAGACAUGAAGGACUCCUCUCGCAACACCUAUCGCCCAGCACUGCAGCCGGCCUGGUUAAAGCACGACCGCCAAGUGCUGCGGUUUUUCGGAUAUUUUCAGGAGCCUGUCCAUGAGAACCCCAAGGAGACCUUCAGGAUUCGUACGUGCUGCAUCCUGUUCUACUUGGAAGACGGCACGAUGAUGGUGUCUGAGCCGAAGUUGGAGAACUCGGGGCUGAACCAGGGCACCUUCGUGAAGCGCCACCGCAUCCCCAAGCCCCGGUCCCUGGGAGGCGGGGUGUACGGCUACGAAGAUCUGCGGGUGGGGCGAUCUGUGAGCAUCUACUCCCGGGUCUUCAAACUGGUGGGCGCGGACGAGUACACCCGCCAGUUCUACCAGGCGGUCGUGGGCGAGAGAAUGAUGGAGAACGAGGACCCGCCCAUGGACUCUUUCCGCGCAGCCGACUUGCCUGACCCAGAGGACCUGGUCACCGCCAGGCGCGCCGCCCUACAGGAGGCGAAGGCGUACAACGAGAUCGCGGUGGGAGGCUGCUGCCGAAACGAGAAGCUGCAGCAGUACCUGGAGAAUGACCGGAAGGUGCUCAGGUUCCAUGCCUUUUGGGACGACCACACCAAGUAUGGCUCCCGCAAGUAUUACACGCUGCACUAUUACUUGGCGGAUGACACCAUCGAAAUGCUCGAGAACCUGCCCAGGAACUCGGGCUGCGCGCCGUACCCCAUCUUCUGGCGGCGGUCGCCUCUGCGGAAGAACCCCCACAUCUCCCCGACCCCCGGCAUGCUGGAGCCGCCCCCGCAGAUCUACAAGCCCGAGGAUCUCAUCUGCGGGCAGACCAUCGAUGUCCUGGGGCGAGAGAUUGUGCUCUACGACUGCGAUGAGUUCACGCGAGACUUCUACGUGCAGUACAUGGACUUCGAACAGGCAGGUGUCAAGAUUGACCACCCGCCGCUGACACAUGUGAAGCUGCAGUUCCCUCCCUACAACGGCUUUGGCUCGGAGGAGGAUUCGCUGGCGAGCUGCAAGGGUUUGAUGCCCAAGCAGCCCCGGCGGGAUGAGCAGAAGCUCCUAGUGGAUGCGGACAAGGUGCUGCGGUUCGAAGCACUCCUGGCGGACGACGUGGAGGAGAACGAGAACCGGAAGUUCGUGGUGGCCAUCUACCUGGGUGACGACAGCGUAGGGGUCUGGGAGCUGAAGCAGCGCAACUCCGGGCAUUCGGAGGGCAAGUUCGCCAGCAAGUCCCGGAAGAAGAACCCGGCCACACGGACCUGGUUCAAGGCGGUGGAUUUCUAUGUGGGCGCGGAAGUCAGCAUCAACGCCAGCCCCUUCCUCCUGGUGGGGGCUGAUGACAAGGCGCUGAGCUACAUGGAGGAGCACCCGGACCAGUUCGAAGUGUCAAAUGUGAGUGCCGUGGUGGGCAAGUUGCAGAGCUUGAAGGGCUGGCUGCAAAAGCAAAGCGGGCAGAUUAGCGGUGCAGAGCUCCAGAGAGCCGCGCAGGACAGCGGUUUGUCCCUGUGUGCCCACGAGGUGCUGACGCUUUCGCGGGCCUUUGGACGGAACGUGUACGUGGUCGCGGAGGCCGCCGUGGACGCCAGCCAGCUCUUAGGGGCCUUGAAUUGAGCCGCUUCAAGCGCUCAUAUGUUACAUGCGUGUUUCACCCGAGUUCCAGCUUCAGAGAAUGCCUGGCUCUGGGAAUCUUUGUUGCCAACCAUUUUGCCGCUCAGAUGGGACCCAUGGAGCUGCGGGCAGUGGGUUGGGUGACUCGGAGCCAGGGCGUGUCACGGACUCGCGGCCCGCGAGGCGCUGCCUUGUGCAACAUGCACGGGGGGCCCUUCGGCCGAGAAGUCUCUGGGUGUGGCCACCACGGAAUGUGUCGA